AAAAUUACUCGACUUUCCUUCUCCCUGUGGCUGGAUACGGCGUUCCUGUAUAAAAAAUUUUAUUCUUUAAACCUUACACAACGUUGCUUUACUUUUUACUCCAUGUUCUACCACUGCUAGUGCUGUUUCUUCAUCUAAUUUUGCCUUUCAUAGUGGGUCUGUAGUACACUUUGCCUUUCAUAAUUGCUCAAUCUCUCUGCAGCCUGUCAACAGAUUCUUGGAGAAAUUUGGGUCAUGGGUCAUGUGGGUCUGGUUUCUUUUUGAUUAUUGACCUUUUGACUCCACAAAUUGGUUUACUGUCUUGUCUAUGUACUCUUCUUUUUGCCACCAUUGCCUUUGUUAACAAGUUUACAGAUGGAUCAUACCCAAGUUAAUACAACAGCUCGUUGUUCUGGUUCAACACCAUCUGAAGAAUCAGCUUUGGAUUCUGAAAGAAACUGUUGCAGUCAUCCUCGUCUGCCUUCACUUAGUCCACCAAUACUUCAGCUUUUUGCUUCAUCCGGACAACAUUGUGACUGUAGCGCACCUUACUUUUCAUGGCCCACCUCCAGCAGAUUAAUAGAUGCUGCUGAAGAGAGGGCAAACUAUUUUGCAAAUCUACAGAAAGGAGUGCUACCUGAAACUCUUGAUCGGUUGCCAAAGGGGCAACAAGCAACGACAUUGCUGGAGCUCAUGACUAUAAGAGCAUUUCACAGCAAGAUCCUCCGAUGUUACAGUCUUGGCACAGCAGUUGGAUUUCGUAUUAAAAGAGGUGUGCUCACUGAUAUACCAGCUAUCCUUGUUUUUGUCUCCAGGAAAGUUGACAAACAAUGGCUUAGCCCAAUACAAUGUCUGCCUGCUGCCCUGGAGGGACCAGGUGGUGUAUGGUGUGAUGUGGAUGUGGUGGAGUUCUCUUAUUUUGGGGCACCUGAGCCGACACCUAAAGAGCAAUUUUACACAGAUAUUGUGGAUGAUUUGCGUGGGGGUAAUCCACGUAUUGGUUCUGGUUCGCAGGUAGCAAACCAGGAGACGUUUGGAACUCUGGGUGCUAUUGUGAAGAGUCAAACUGGCAAUAGGCAAGUUGGUUUUCUCACAAAUCGCCAUGUUGCAGUUAACUUAGAUUACCCCAAUCAGAAGAUGUUUCAUCCUCUUCCUCCAACACUUGGUCCUGGUGUAUAUCUUGGUGCGGUUGAGAGAGCUACUUCAUUCAUCACAGAUGACCUUUGGUAUGGCAUUUUUGCGGGCAUAAAUCCAGAGACAUUUGUGAGAGCAGAUGGAGCAUUCAUUCCUUUUGCUGAUGAUUUUGAUAUGUCCACUGUCACUACAUCUGUGAAAGGCGUGGGAGAUAUUGGUGACGUAAAAGUUAUAGACUUGCAGUCUCGGAUUGGUAGCCUUAUUGGGAAGCAAGUGAUGAAGGUUGGAAGAAGUUCUGGCUUGACCACAGGAACUGUGCUGGCCUAUGCCCUUGAAUACAAUGAUGAGAAAGGUAUCUGCUUCUUAACUGAUUUUCUUGUUGUGGGUGAGAAUCAGCAGAGUUUUGAUCUUGAAGGAGACAGUGGAAGCCUCAUCAUGAUGAAGGGUGAGAAUGGUGAGAAGCCAAGACCAAUUGGAAUUAUAUGGGGUGGAACUGCUAACCGGGGCCGACUUAAGCUAAAAGUUGGCCACCCCCCAGAAAAUUGGACCAGUGGAGUUGAUCUUGGACGCCUUCUGAACCUCCUUCAGCUAGAUCUCAUCACAACUGAUGAAGGGCUCAGAGUGGCAGUGCAGGAACAAACGGCUGUCUCAGCAACAGUCAUUGCCUCUACUGCAGGAGACUCCUCGCCUCUGAAGGCAAUUCAAAAGGACAAAAGUGAAAACAAAUUUGAGCCACUAGGUCUUCAGAUUCAGCAUCUCCCUCUAGAAGUAGAACACUGCAGCCCAGAAAUGAAUCGGUCAACAAUAGAGUCUGAGUUUCAUUUGGAGGACGGAGUCAAGGUAGGUCCAAGUGUAGAGCAUCAGUUCAUUCCAAGUUUCAUAGAGCAGUCACCUUUGCACAAAGACUUCUUUAGCAAUGCGGUCUCUGAGGAUCUUGCUUCACUAAGGAAUGGUUGUGAUGAAGAUUUGUGUGUUUCAUUGUAUUUGGGUGACAAUGAAGCCAAGAGGAGGCGUUCGGAUGGCUCAACAAGCACAGAAGAACCAAACUGACAAUGACUUCUGGGUUUGAGCUGAGACACAGGCUGGUAUUUUAUCUGGAAUAUAGAUCGUGUUCUGCCUAUGCAAUCAAACCCGUAAUUGUACCAUUUUUUGUGCUUUCCAUUUCAGCUCGAGCUAGCAGCUUCGAGCUUGCCUUAAAUCAAUUUUGGUGCAGCAUCCCAUGUCUGUAAUAAUGUUAUGUAAACUGCGUACUGUAGAAGGUGAACUAACAUGUAUCUGCUC